AUGUUCUUUCUUUCAUUAACGGUUAGUUUUCUUUCUUUCUUUCUUUGUUUAUAUCAUUCAUUCAUUCUUUCUUUCCUUCUUUCUUUCUGUCAGUUUGUUUUUGUUUCUUUCUUUCUUUCCUUCUUUCUUUUUCAUUCUUUCUUUUUCCUUCUUUCUUUCUUCAGGUUUCAUUCAUGUUCUUUCUUUUUCUUUAACUGGUUUCAUUUUCUUUCUUUCUUUCUUUUGUUUGUUUCUUUCAUUCAUUCAUUCAUUCAUUCUUUCUUUCCUUCUUUAUUUCUGUCAGGUUUCAUGUUCUUUCUUUCAUUAACGUCUUUCUUUUGUUUAUUGGUUUCUUCCUUUUCAUUGAUAUCUUUUAGUCUUUCUUUUUGUUUUUCUUUUCUUUUUUUGGGGCUGAUAUCUUUUAGUCUUUCUUUUUGUUUCCUUGGUUCUUCCUUUUUGGUCUUUGGGGUUUAUAUUUUUGUUUAUUGGUUCUUCCUUUUGGGCUUGAUAUCUUUUAGUCUUUCUUUUGUUUAUUGGUUUCUUCCUUUUUUGGGGCUGAUAUCUUUUAGUCUUUCUUUUGUUUAUUGGUUCUUUUUUUUUAUCUUUCUUUUUAGUCUUUCUCUUUGUUUAUUGUCUUUUUUUUUUUUGGUUCUUCCUUUUUUGGGGCUGAUAUUUUUUAGUCUUUCUUUUGUUUAUUGGUUCUUCCUUUUGGGGCUGAUAUCUUUUAGUCUUUCUUUUUUGUUUAUUGGUUUCUUCCUUUUGAUAUCUUUUCUUUUUUCUUUUUCUUUCUUUUGUUUAUUGGUUUUCUUCCUUUUGGGGCUGAUAUCAUUUUUUAGUCUUUCUUUUGUUUAUUGGUUCUUCCUUUUUUUCUUUCUUUUGAUUGGUUCUUCUUUUAGUCUUUUAGUCUUUCUUUUGUUUAUUGGUUCUUCCUUUUUUGUUUUUUUCUUGAUAUCUUUUAGUCUUUCUUUUUGUUUAUUGGUUCUUCCUUUGGUUUCUUCAUCUUUUUCUUUUUCUUUCUUUUUUUGUUUCUUCCUUUUUGGGUCUUUCUUUUUGUUUUUGGUUCUUCCUUUUGGGGCUGAUAUCUUUUUAGUCUUUCUUUUUGUUUAUUUUCUUCCUUUUGGGUCUUUCUUUUUGUUUAUUGGUUUUUCUUUCUUUUUGGGGCUGAUAUCUUUUAGUCUUUCUUUUUUGUUUCUUUUGUUUCUUUCUUUUUUGUUCAUUGGUUCAUUCUUUCCUUUUCUUUCUUUUGUCAUAUCUUUUAGUCUUUCUUUUGUUUAUUGGUUCUUCCUUUUGGGGCUGAUAUCUUUUAUUAUCUUUUUUUCUUUCUUGAUUUCAUUGGUUUUCUUUUCUUUUAAUUUCUUUGUUUCUUUGGUUCUUCUUUCUUUGUUUUUUUUCAUUGAUAUCUUUUAUCUUUCUUUUUUUUAUUGGUUCUUCCUUUUGGGGCUGAUAUCUUUUAGUCUUUCUUUUGUCUUUGGUUCUUCCUUUUGUCUUUCUUUUGUUUUUGGUUUUGUUUUCCUUUUCUUUCUUUAUCUUUUUAGUCUUUCUUUUGUUUAUUGGUUCUUCCUUUUGGGGCUGAUAUCUUUUAGUCUUUCUUUUUCUUUCUUUUUGUUUUUGGUUCUUCCUUUGGGGCUGAUAUCUUUUAGUCUUUCUUCUUUUUUUUAUUGGUUCUUCCUUUUUGGGGCUUCUUUUCUUUUUGUUUUUUGUUUGUUUUUCUUUUUUGGGGCUGAUCUUUUUCUUUCAUUAGUCUUUCUUUUGUUUAUUGGUUCUUUCUUUUUGUUUAUUGUCUUUCUUUUUGUUUAUUGGUUCUUCCUUUUUUGGGCUGAGUUUAUCUUUUUAGUCUUUCUUUUUGUUUAUUGGUUCUUCCUUUUGGGGCUGAUAUCUUUUAGUCUUUCUUUGUUUAUUGUCUUUCUUUUGUUUAUUGGUUCUUCCUUUUCUUUCUUGACAUCUUUUAGUCUUUUUCUUUUGUUUCUUUGGUUCUUUUGUUUUUUGGGGCUUUCUUUUUCUUUCUUUUUAGUCUUUCUUUGUUUAUUGGUUCUUCCUUUUGGGGCUGACAUCUUUCUUUCUUUCAUGUUCUUCCUUUUUUGUUUUUGUUUCUUCUUUUUUGGGGCUUGGUUUCUUCAUCUUUUAGUCUUUCUUUUGUUUCUUCUUUCUUCCUUUUGGGGCUUUCAUCUUUUAGUCUUUCUUUUUUUCUUUCUUUUUUUGUGGUUUCUUUCUUCCUUUUGUUUAUUGUUCUUCAUUUUUAGUCUUUCUUUUUUUUUAUUGGUUCUUUCUUUUUUGGGGCUGAUAUCUUUUAGUCUUUUUUUUGUUUAUUGGUUCUUUCUUUUUUUUGGGUUUGAUAUCUUUUCUUUCUUUCUUUUUUCUUUCUUUUUGUUUAUUGGUUUCUUCCUUUUGGGGCUGAUAUCUUUUUCUUUCUUUUUUGUUUCUUUGGUUCUUCUUUUUGGGGCUGAUAUCUUUUAUCUCUCUUUUGUUUAUUGGUUCUUCCUUUUUGGGGCUGAUAGUUUUAGUCUUUCUUUUGUUUAUUGGUUCUUCCUUUUGGGGCUGACAUCUUUUAGUCUUUCUUUUUGUUUAUUGUCUUUCUUUUUUGUUUAUUGGUUCUUCAUUUUUUCUUUCCUUCUUUCUUUUGAUAUCUUUUGUUUUAUUCUUUCUUUUUUCUUUCUUUUGUUUAUUGGUUCUUCCUUUUUUCUUUUUGAUAUCUUUUUAGUCUUUCUUUUUUGUUUUUUUCUGAUAUCUUUUUUUUUGUUUUUGGGGCUUUUGUUAUCUUUUAGUCUUUUUUUUUGUUUUCUUGGUUCUUCCUUUUUCUUUAUUUUUAGUCUUUCUUUUGUUCUUUGUCUUUUAUUUUUGUUUGUUUGUUUUUUCUUCCUUUUGGGGCUGAUAUCUUUUAGUCUUUCUUUUGUUUAUUGGUUCUUCCUUUUUUCAGGUUUGAUAUCUUUUCUUUGUUUUCUUUUGUUUUUGUUUCUUCCUUUUGGGGCUGAUCAUCUUUUAGUCUUUUUUUUUUUGUUUAUUGGUUCUUCUUUUUUUUUUGACUUUUCUUUUAGUCUUUCUUUUGUUUAUUGGUUCUUCUUUUUCUUUGUUGAUAUCAUUUUUAGUCUUUUUUUUUUUUUCUUGGUUCUUCCUUUUGGGUCUUCUUUCUUUCUUUUAGUUUGUUUCUUUUCUUUUGUUUAUUGGUUUCUUUUCUUUCUUGACUUAUUUUUCUUUUUUUUCUUUCUUUUUUGUUUCUUUGUUUUCUUCCUUUUGGGGCUGAUAUCUUUUAGUCUUUCUCUUUUGUUUAUUGGUUCUUUCUUUUGGGGCUUUUCAUUUUUAGUUUUUUCUUUUGUUUUUUGGUAUCAUUUUCUUCAGUCUUUCUUUUCCUUGGUUCUUUCUUUUUGUUUUGACAUUUUUAGUCUUUCUUUUGUUUUGGUUAACCUUUUGGGGCUGACAUCUUUUUCUUUUUUUUUUCUUUUGUCUUUGUUUUCUUUCUUUUUGUUUUUUGGUUCUUUCUUUUUUUUGGGGUUGAUUUCUUUUAGUCUUUCUUUUGUUUUUGUUCUUCCUUUUCAUUCUGACAUCUUUUUCUUUCUUUCUUUUUUUUUUCUUCCUUUUGGGGUGACAUUCCUUUCUUUCAUUUUUUUUCUUUUUGUUUUUUCUUUUAUUUGUCUUUCUUUUGUUUAUUGGUUCUUUCUUUUGGGUUUGACAUCUUUUUUCUUUUUCUUUUUGUUUUUUUUCUUUUUUGUUUCUUUUCUUUUCUUUUUUUUUUGUUUUUUUUUUCCUUCUUUCUUCCUUUUUGGGCUGACAUUUUUUGUUCUUUCUUUUCAUUUUUUCUUUUUUGACAUCUUUCUUUCUUUUGUUUAUUUGUUAUCUUUAUUGACAUCUUUUAGUCUUUUUUUUAUUGGUUCUUCCUUUUGGUUAGUUUUGAUGUUCUUUCUUUCUUUCUUUUGUUUAUUGUCUUUCUUUUGUUUAUUGGUUCUUCCUUUUGGGCUGACAUUUUUUAUUCUUUCUUUUUUCUUUGGUUCUUCCUUUUGGGGCUUCUUUUUUUUAGUCUUUCUUUUGUUUUUGGUUUCUUUCUUUUUGGGGCUUUAUAUCAUUCAUUUUUUUGUUUAUUGGUUCUUCCUUUCUGUCAGUCUUUCUUUUCCUUCUUUCUUUCUUUUGUCUUUCUUUUGUUUAUUCUUUUCUUCUUUUGUUUUUGUUCUUCCUUUUCAUAUCUUUUUUUCUUUCUUUGUUUAUUGGUUCUUCCUUUUUGGGGCUGACAUCUUUUUCUUUCUGUUUCUUUUUAACAUUGUCAUUACCUUUUCUUUUUUCUUUCUUUCUUUGUUUAUAGGUUUCUUUUGGGGUGACAUCUUUUGGUCUUUCUUUUUGUUUAUUGGUUCUUCCUUUUCUUUCUUGACAUCUUUUAUCUCUUUUUUUUUUUGUUUUUUCUUUCCUUCCUUCUUUCUUUCUGUCUUUCUUUCAUGUUCUUUCUUUUUCUUUCUUAGUUUUUCUUUUUUCUUUCUUUCUUUUAUGUUUCAUCUUUCUUUCUUUCCUUCUUUCUUUCUUUUUUUGUUUCUUUCUUUCUUUGUUUAUAUCAUUCAUUCUUUCUUUCUUUCUUUUCUUUCUUUCUUCAGUUUUGUUUCUUUCUUUCUUUUUGUUUAUAUCAUUCAUUCAUUCUUUCUUUUCUUUUGUUUCUUUUCUUUUCUUUCAUAUUUUUUAUUUCUUCUUUUUUGUUUACAGUUGUUUUCUUUCUUUUCUUUCUUUGAUUUCUUUCAUUCUUUUUUUUUUUCUUUCUUUCUUUCUGUCAGGUUUCAUGUUCUUUUUCUUUCUUUCUUUUUUUGUUUAUGUUCUUUCUUUCUUUUUCUCUUUCUUUUUUUUAUUUUGUUCAUUCAUUCAUUCUUUUCUUUUUUCUUUCCUUCUUUCUUUCUUUUUCAUUUCUUUUCUUUCUUUCCUUCUUUCUUUCUGUCAUCUUUCAUAUUCUUUCUUUCAUUAACGGAUUUUUUCUUUCUUUCUUUCUUUUUUCUUUUCUUUCUUUCUUCUUUUUUAUAUCAUUCAUUUUUCUUUUCUUUCCUUCUUUCUUUUUCUUGUCAGGUUUCAUGUUCUUUCUUUCUUUUGUUUUGUUUCUUUCUCUUUGUUUCUUUGUUUUAUUCUUUCUUUCUUUGUUUUUCUUCUUUCUUCCUUGUCAGGUUUCUUGUUUUCUUUCUUUCAUUUUUGUUUAUUGGUUUUCUUUUUUUUUCAUUUUUUUUUCUUUUUUUUCUUUAUUUUCUUUCUUUCUUUCUUUUGUUUCUUUAUUUCUUUCUUUUUUGUUUCUUUUUGUUUUCUUUCUUUGGGGCUGAUAUCUUUUUCUUUCUUUUUUUUUCAUUCUUUCUUUCUUUCCUUUUGCGUUUUUCUUUCUUUCUUUUUUCUUUCUUUUUCUUUCUUUCUUUCUUUCUUUAUGUCAUUUUCUGUCUUCUUUCUUUUUUUCUUUAUUUUUCUUUCUUUUCAUUCUUUCUUUCAUUCUUUCUUUCUUUGUUUCUUUCUUUCAAAAUGUUUUUCCAUAUUCUUUCUUUCACUUUUCUUUUUUUCUUUCAUUUCAUCUUUCUUUUUCAUUUUUCUUUUCAUUCUUUCUUUCAGGCUUCUAGGUUCCCUUUUUCUUUUCAUGUUUCUUUCUUUCUUUUCUUUCUUUUCUUUCUUUUCUUUCUUUCAUUUUCUUCUUUCUUUAUUUCAUUUUCUUUGCUUUUUCUUUCUUUUUUCAUUUUUUCUUUCAUUUUUCUUUUAUUUGUUUUUCUUUUGCUUUUCUUUCUUUCUUCUUUCUUUUAUUUUUUUUUCAUCUUUUUCUUUCUUUCUUUCUUUCAUUUUUUCUUUCUUUUUUUUCAUUUUUCAUUUUUUUCUUAUAUUUCUUUUUCAUUUCAUUUCUUUCUUUCCCAUUUUCUUUCUUUCUUUCUUUCUUUCUUUUUCAGCAUUAGUUUUUUUUUCUUUUUUAUUCUUUUUUUCAUUUCAUUUUCAUUUUCUUUCUUUUCUUUCUUUCAUUAUUUUUAUGUUUUUCUUUCUUUCUUUAUUCUUUUUUUUUCAUUUUUCUUUCUUUUCUUUCUUAAACUCUUUCUUUCUUUCUUUCUUUUUUUUGUUUCUUUUCUUUCUUUCUUUCACUCUGAUUUCUUUCUUUCUUUUUUUCUCUUCAUUUUUUCAUUUGUUCUUUGUUUCAUUUCUUCAUGUUCUUUCUUAAAACUCUUCAUGUUCUUUCUUUCUUUUCUUUUCUUUUCUUUUCUUUCUUUCUUUUUUCUUUCUUUUCUUCUUUCUUUCUUUCUUUGUUCUUUCUUUCAUUUCUUGUUCUUUCUUUCUUUCUUUCUUUCACUCUCAUGUUCUUUCUUUCUUUCUUAUAUUUCUUUCUUUCUUCACUUUCUCAUAUUUCUUUCUUUCUUUUUCUUUCUCUCAUUCUUUUUCUUCCUUUCUUUCUUUCUUCAUGUUUUUUUCUUUCUUUCUUUCAUUCUUCAUUUUUUCUUUUCUUUCUUAAACUCUUCAUGUUCUUUCUUUCUCUCUCUCUCUUUCUUUCUUUUCUUUCCUUUCUUUCUUUUCACUCUCAUUCAUUUCUUUUCUUUCUUAAACAAUUCUUUUUCUUUAUUUCUUUCUUUUUCCUUUCUUCAUUUCAUAUUUUUCUUUCUUAACAAUUUUGUUCCUUUUCAUGUUCUUUCUUUCUUUCUUUCUUUCUUUCUUUCUUUCUUUCUUUCUUUCUUUCUUUCUUGA